AUGGCCACCCACGAUUCGCAGCCAAUAUUGGUCUCCGAUCACCUCCGGAGUAAGCCCGCCCUUACGUCGGGUCAAUUGACCCGUCAAUUGCGAUCCUGCAAGGCCUGCCGGUUCCGGAAAGUCAAGUGUGAUCGAGUCAAGCCCUGUCAUGCAUGCUGUGCGCAUGGUCACCCAUCCAAAUGCCACUACGAUACCAGUCCCGAAGAUUUCCUGCAACCCAUCAGUCAAGCCGAUGAGAUCCGUAACCUCCGGGAGGAAAUCCGUGAGCUAACAGCCAGCCUUCAUAACUGUGAACAACGGGUCAAGUCUUCACGGCGACGAGCCCAGCUACAAGGCCUCGUCAACGCCGUCCGCUUAGCCCCGCCAAAUGCCGUCAAUCGACUCAUCGCCCAAAUCCGAAAGCAUCGUGGGGAAACAAAUGAAGUGGCAAUCCCGGUGGGACCUUUGAAUGGAUCGGAAGAACAUGGCCCGGUCGUUCUUCGUCGGUCCCAUUCAUACGAUAGCGACGACGAUUCACUGGAUUCGGAAGACGAGGUGUUCUCGCUCUCCGGCAGUCGGUCUUCAUCAGAAGAGAGCGAGGACUCAAGCUAUGGUUCGAUAAGUCACAUUGGAUCGUGGAAGCCGAUGCUGGAUGUGUUUAUUGAACGCUUCGUGGAUGCUUUCAGUCCGGUAGUCCAAUCCAAGACAGGACAGGCUGGUGCACUACGACGGGCUGCCGAGAUACGCAUGUUUUCGCCGAUUCUCGUAGAUGCGUUCGAAUCCGUCUCCAUAGCAUACUUUGGACGGUCUAUUCAGGAUAAGAAUCUUGAAGCAGCUGGCUUCCGCCUAUACCCCCGUGUGCUGCGGAGUUUGCAGCAGGCGUUGCAAGAUCCCCAGCGCAGCAAGGCUGAGUCGACACUAGUGACGGUGACCCUUUUGAUGGCAUUUGAGAGCGUGGAACGAACUACACAAGUGUCGCUAAUUGCGCACGUUCACGGUGCACUGCGCCUGAUUGAGCAUCGAGGACCAGAAAAUCACAUACAUGGGGUGGAGCAUUUGCUGUAUACCGAGCUGCGUCCUUAUUGGGUCGCUGCGGCUAUUGUCAGUCGAACUCCUUCCGCCCUCGCAAGCCCGGACUGGAUCAACUUGCCUUGGUCAGCCAACCCUGACCGAAGAGACAUUCUGCAUUAUUUGCUAGACUUGGCGGUUGAGAUUCCUGGCCUGCUUUGGCAAUUUGACGAUAUCGAGGCUGCUCUCAAAUCGGGCAUGUACAGCCCACAUGAGAUUAGCGUGAAGCAAGCCUCACUGUGGAGCGGUGUCGCUGACCUGACCGACCGCUUCCGCCAGUGGAAAGUUCAAUGGGUUGAUAACAACCCGGAUGGGCCACCGCAGGAAGUCGAAGUCUCAGCGGAUGACCCAUUUCCUCGAUUCCAUUGCCGGGACUUUCGUACCGGGGGUAUAAUCACACCCCCGAUAUUUGUCUAUCGGGACCUCCGCCUCGCACAAACCAUGUGUCUUUACUACUCCACCCGAUUGAUCCUCUCGUCCGCCGACACGCGCCCAACUGAUCGCGUUGGACCUUUGGAACAAUACUCCCUGGGUUGUGGCAUAUGCCGGUCCUUGGAAUGGUACAUUGUCAAUGCGCCAGGAAACAUGAUCAACCGACUUGCGUUCCCAGUUAGGGUGGCCUGGGAGGCGUUCCCGGAUGGAGGUCCGGAACGGCAGUUCAUGUACGAAGUGUUGAAACUGGUUGAGCGGCGGCAUGCCCUAGGUCUUUGGGGAAGUAACAUGUCUGAGAUUUCUCCUCGGGCCGGACCCCCACGAAGUCAGUCUCCUGAGUUGGCCACAGGGGCAUGA